AUGGAUUAUGAUCACUGCAAUCUGAUGAUGAGAUCUCAUCUCAUCGAUCUCUGGAUCGUAUUCGAGUUGCGUCAUUAUUAUUUUACUAAAACCAGUGAUCUGGUGACUGCUGACUGGCAGCAAGCAGUGCCGCAGCAGUUACAACCGUGGCUGCGGAUACUCUGGACAGAGAGUCUGGACUCUCUUAACACGUCACAGUCCCAGUUAUACAGCAGUUCUGGGACUCCAGUCACUUCACGCGCAGUCAGAUCGACGGAGGAAUGUCGGCAGUUGAGAUCGAGUCAGUCCCGUCGAGUCGAGAGACGAAGUACAGUGUACAGGACCCGUCUGGGCGCCGGCGGCCGCAGCAGAACCCUGGCGCCGGGCACAAGGCCGACAGAGCAACGGGAAGCGCAGGGCCCAGCCAGCGCGGCCGUCCCUAGUGCCCGCUCCACGGGUCACCAAGGACACGCCGUCGGUGCAGAUCUCAUUUUUGAGCCAGCAUCCCUGCCUGGCCAGUCUGAGUCGUGUUGGUGGCGCGGCCCGACAGAUCGUGAGGGGCUGCCAUCCUGCGCAGCGCUGGCCGGUGCGACGCUACCGGGCGAGGUUGGCCCGGAAUAUUGUUGCGGUCGUUGCACCGCGACCGGCUGGCAGGUCCCUGGGCUAGAGCAGAGUCAAACCGCCGUUCUGUCGCGUCGACCAUCCAGCCCGGCUGGACCUGAUCCCGGCGUCCUGAGUCAGAGGGCCGGUCAGCACAUGCCCCGUUAG